AUGGGUGCAUGGUGCCUGCAUGCCUUUUCCUUUGAGAAUCAAGUUCCUCUGCUCCCUGAAGGGGACAAGGAGACCCACAGCUGUCCCCUGGCUGCAUCUACUUCGAGAACAAAGAUCGUUCUCUGCAACCAGACUGUUGACAUCCCAGAAAAUACCGACAUCACUCAGAAAGGACAUACAGUGAUUGUGAAGGACCCCAGAGGAGUCUUGCAGAGGAAAUUCAAUCACCUCAAUGUAGAACUCAGUCUCCUUGGAAAGAAAAAGAAGAGGCUUUGCGGUGACAAAUGGUGGGGAAAUAGAAAAGAAUUGGCCACAGUUCACACUAUCUGCAGUCACGUACCGAACACGAUCAAGGGUGUUACACUGGGCUUCCGUCACAAGAUGAGAUCUGUGUAUGCUCACUUCCCCAUCAACGUCAUUAUUCAGAAGGGUGGAUCGCUUGUUGAAAUCCGAGAUGUCUUGAGUGAAAAAUACGUCCGCAGGCCAGGUGUUGCUUUUUCAGUACCUCAAGCCCAGAAAGAUGAGUUAAUUCUUGGAGGAAAAGACAUUGAACUUGUGUCAAAUUCAGCUGCAUUAAUUCAGCAAGCCACGACAGUUAAAAACAAGGAUAUCCAAAAAUUUUUGGAUGGUAUGUAUGUCUCUGAAAAUGGAAUCAUUCAACAGGCUGAUGAGUAAGAGCUAAGAGUUGUCCAGCUACAGAAACAAGGCCGGAUGAUUCCUAAGACUUACAGGUGAUAUUUUCAAGAUGCAAUAAAAUUCAUCUAUUAAAAAAAAAAGGCCUUGUUGGGGAGACACCCCCUUCAUCUGUUCUUUUCUGAGGGUCCCUCUGAGAGAUGGAAUUCUUAAAAGAAGGUUCUGGAGAAAAGCAUGGGGCCUCAACCUUAUCUACUGCUAUGACUGCCAUUUGCAGGCAAGAAUUUGGUUGCUUCAGUCUGGAGUAAAGAAGCUGUGUUUAAUCCUGCAAGGGUCCAAAUUAUGGGACAUUUGGUCCAUUCAGAUUGUAGGCCACCAGCAGAGGGUGCUUCUCUCAAAAAAAAACCAAACCAAACCCACUGCCCUCAAGUUGAUUUCUACUCAUAGUGACCCUAUAGGACAAAGUAGAACUGCCCCAUAGAGUUUCCAAGGAGCACCUGGCAGAUUUGAACUGCUGACCUCCUGGUUAGCAGCUGUAGCACUUAACCACUAUGCCACCAGGGUUUCCGGUGCUUCUCUCAGCAAUGUCAAAUUCCCUUCUCUUCCUGCUUGAUAUCUGGCUGUCUCUGGUCCCAGUUCAUUCCUUGCUUUUAAGACAGUAACAAAACUAGCCAGUAACAGCCCCAUUCUGGAUUUCUCCUAACAUUUCCCCAAACUCUACAGCCUUGGAUGGCAGGUGACCCUGUGGCAGGUGACAA